AUCGCAGCAGCAGGCUUCAAGAAUGGCGACUUGCCCAACACACUCACACACAAGCCUCAGUCUCGACAGCUCGUCACCGGUGUGCACAUCGUGUCUGAUAUAAGCUGUCGCAGCUGCGGUAGUGUUCUAGGAUGGAAGUAUGUCGACGCCGCAGAAGACAGUCAAAAGUACAAGAUUGGAAAAUUCAUUCUUGAGGCUAAAAAGACUGUCAAAGGAUCAGAAUGGGAUCAAUCCUUGGACGAAGAGGACAAUGGCAUGGUUACUGAGACCAAGGAAGGAGAUAUUGAAUUCGAUUCGCAGGACGAAGACGAAUGUGAGGACCUCUUCAGUGGUAUCUGGACUCCACAGCUGGCAACACGGAGAAGGAAGCGCCGUGCAUAUCCCCAAGUUGAUCUUUAG